AUGAGACAUAUAACGGUGUCCCACGUCGCAAUAUUUCUUCUGUAUUGUUCAAUACGGUCAGAUUGUAAAGUUUUAGAAUGUGUCGGCGAUCCUCAGCUGGUGGACUGUCCCCCGUGGGAGGAGGGUGUUCCCACCUAUCACCCGUACCCCUACGACUGCCGGAAGUUCAUCGAAUGCACCAAUGGGGAUGCGGUCGUUCAGUGUUGUGCACCUGGGACGGUGUGGGAUCAGGAUUUACUCGUCUGCAAUCACGAAGGUGUGACACCCUGCGUCAUCGUGACGACUACACUAGUGCCAGGUACAACUACUCCAACUACAACUACUCCAACGACAACUACUCCAACUACAACUACUCCAACUACAACUACUCCAACCACAACUACUCCAACUACAACUACUCCAACUACAACUACUCCAACUACAACUACUCCAACUACAACUACUCCAACCACAACUACUCCGACAACAACUACUCCGACAACAACUACCCCGACGACUACUCGUCCAACUACAUCAACUCAGCGUCCGCCAAUUGAAGAUGGGAUGAUUUUUAGACUAAUCAGUUAUGUAUCCCCACUGGCAGUCGAGGUCUACAACGCUAGCUUAGCUAACGCAGCAAAAAUCCACGCUUACCCCGCCGCUCGAGACUGCUCAAGGUUAGCUCAGGUGUGGAAAUUAGGGAUUAUUGGUGGGAAUUACACAUUCCAUUCGGCUUUGGGUGGCACGAAUCAGUGGGGACAUUCGAUGCACAGAUGCUUCCCUAACCAUAACCGGCCCUGCCUUUGGGAUGACUUGCAAGGGUCUCCAUACUGGCAGUUAACUUCGGUCCCAGGAACACGAUAUUACACAGUUGCCAACGUCUCAUUUAACGAGCUAGAUAACACAAUUAGCUACACACGCGUUGCGAAUGAUGGUGGCGGCAUUGAUCUCCUAAUGUAUCCUCGGAACAUGUCGGACAUUGAACAGAUGUGGGAACUAAGGCGAUGUUAGGAAACAAAUAGAUGGGCACAUUAUUCCAACUAUACCUUGUUAAAUAGUCCCCAAACUUCUGGGCGUUCCAAUGUAAGAAUAUAUGCAAAUAUUUAUGUCCUUUAAUAAAUCAGAGUACUUAAGAGAGAA